CCAGUCACCACCGAUUCAACCGUCUCGAGCUGCUGCUCCGGUCAGUUACUACAAAAUGGCUGCAGAGGCUCCGACACCAGCGAGAACCUCCUGAACGCUUCAUGCUGUGAGAAGAAGCAAAAAAAACACGAGAAGAGAACCAUUUGAUGGAAGAUAAGAAAAAGAAAAAGCAAGAAGAGAAGAAAAAGAAAGACGCUGCUCAGAAAAAGGCCACAGAACAGAUAACCAAAGUGCCAGACUCUGCCAAGCUCGACCCCACCCCUCCUCUUCCCCCCAUCAACCCCAGUGCCGUCCCGUCUGUACCCCCAAGCAGUGGCAAUGGCAAGCGUGCCCCCUCCGGAGGUCAGCCGCAGACAACACAGCAGUCCCAGACUCUGCUCCAACAGCGCUACCCGCCCAGAGAAGUGCCCCCGCGCUUCCGCCAGCAGGAGCACAAGCAGCUGUUGAAGAGGGGCCAGCCUCUGCCCACCGGGACCCUGCCUCUCUGCACCACAGGACGUCCCUCCACUACUGAACCUGCAGCAGCAGUAGCCAUACACUCCUCUCCCUCCUGCUCCUCUUCCUCCACAGCCAGCCUGCCUACAGAACUGCCCCCACAGAGCGGCCAGGGAGCCCAGUAUGAUAAUCCCCUCUGGGGACCCCUGCCAGCCAACAGGAGUGCCACAAGUGCUGUAUCUUCCACCAAUCUCAGUGGCUGGGAUCAACUGAUCAUUGACCAGAAGGACACAGAGGCUUGGCCUUCCAUUACCCUCAGCCAGAGCCAGGCCCCUCUAGGAGGAUGUCCUUUGGACACUGACCCUGGUCGCCUGACCAGCAGCAGCAGCAGCAGCAGCAGCAGCAGCAGUAGUACUAGUAGUAGUUGUAGUACAGUGAGUAUGGCCACUGGGGCCAAUAGCCAGACAGGCCACUUCCCUGCCAACCACCUUAGCAGCAAGGCUAACAGUGGGCCCGGCCCUGCCAAUCAUACUGGAACCAGCAUGCUCUCUAGCCAGGUUGCAGCCAAUCGCAGCUGGGGCUCUGGGCCUGGACCUUCCCAUUGCCCCCCUCAGUCCUCAGUGGGGAGUGAAGUGAAGAGUGACAGCCCAGUGGGAGGAGGAAGCUGCAGGGGCUGGGGCUCUUCUUCGUCAUCUUCCACCACCAACUUUAACUUGAACCUAAACCCUAAUGCCAACCCUUCUGCCUGGCCCAUGUUAGGGCAUGACGGGGGUGGCACAGGGGGAGGCAGCUCAGGGGGAGCCAACACCAUUUCACCUCCUCAACCUACACCAAACCUCUGUAAUCCACCUGGCCCCCCAUCAGCCCAGACCAGCACCUGUACCGGAGCCAACACUAACAGCAACUCCUCGGGGAUUGGCAGCGCCUGGGGUAGCAUAAUGGCCUCUGACACUUCAGAGCCCCACCCCUCCCCGUCCACGAAUGUGUCUUUCAGUUCAGAACCUCAGAACCUUAAAACUGAUGGACCAAAUCACACUAAUAAACAGGAACCCCCCAGCCCCAUCCGCAACAUGCCUGGCUGGGGUAGUGCACCUGUUGGCUUGGGUUCCAUGGGCCAGCCCUCACCAGGGGGCCCACAGGUCAAUGGAGAAGAUGGUAGCUCAGUAUGGGGUAACAGUGGCGACUCAAAGGCACCUUCAUCUAAGGAGGCACCUGGCUGGGACUCUGGCUGGGGCCAUGGAGGAGGUGGAACAGGAAACUCUGGAUGCUGGGGUGACCAGUCUGGUGGAGGCUGGGGGAAGCAGCACACUGAAGAGGCCCAGGGAGGCUGGGAUGCCCCGACUUCUCCUCCCCAGGAUUCACAGGCUAGUCCUUGGAGCAGAGCUGUGAGCACAGCUGCUGCGAGUGAAGGGAGCAGUGACAGCAUGGAAGGACAUCCCCGGCACAGAGAAAACUCAUCCAGAGAUAAUCCAGCUCCUCUGCUGCCUGCCCAGGAUCUGGACCCCAGGGUGUUGUGUAACACUGGCUGGGGACAGACCCCUGUUCGCCAGCACACCACCUGGGACAUGGACGAUACUAAACGCAAGAAUGAUGCAGUCACUGAUUCAUGGGGCUCUGGCCCAACCACUCCAAGCGAUGCCCAGGGGCCCACCAACACUAACAUGGGCCCCUCUCAGAGGACUGACUCUGGGAGCAAAAAUGAUGUGCCUGGUUCUCAGGGAGCUUCAGGUUGGGGUGGGAGUAUAGCCCCUACCAACCAGCAUAGCUCUGGUUGGGGAGAGCAACCCAACAGCAUUAAGCCCCCAGGUGGUCCUGGUGGCUGGGGAAACCCUCCAGCAGGAGGCCCCACCACCAGUAUACCCAAGAAUGGGGGCCAGUCCUGGGGAGAAGAGAAGUCAAGUGGGUGGGAUGAUUCUCACAUCAAGGCAACAUCCCAGAGCUGGGGAGAGCAACCCAAAGCAUCCCACAGCUGGGGCAAUAGUGGAGGGAGCAAUAAUGCAGGGGACUGGAGAGAACCAGAGGAGAGCAAAAAGAGCCCCACCAACCCUGGGUGGGAGGGAGAACCAGGAGGCUGGAAGGAAAAACCACGAGGCUGGGGAAUGCCUUCUUCAGCACCUAGCAUAUCUGGAGCUGGAGGAAAUGGGGGCUGGGGAGAGCCAGUUUGCCAGCGUCCCAGUGGCCCUCCUCAAGGUUGGGGGGGCAAGCCUCAGGAUGGGCCCGGUGGUGGUGGUGGUGGUGGUGGUAGUGGUGGUAGUAGUGGUGGUAGUGGUAGUGGUAGUGGUAGUGGUGGUGGUGGUGGUAGUAGUAGUAGUAGUGGUGGAGGAGGUGGAGGAGGAGGAGGAGGAGGAGGGAGCAUGGGCUCUUGGGGUGGCUCAGGCACAGUGAAGCAGGGUGUAGGCUGGGGUGGCAACAAGCAGGAGUCCUCAGCUGAGCCUACAGGCUGGGAAGAGCCCUCCCCACCUUCAAUCCGACGUAAGAUGGAGAUAGAUGAUGGAACCUCAGCUUGGGGUGACCCUGGUACCUACAAAAAGUCAGUAAACCUGUGGGACAGGAACAAUCCAGGAAUGUCCCAGGCUAAAGUUACCACUGGAGGCAAUAACCCCCCAGGCCCCAACAACAACAACAACAACCAUCCACCCUCUCACAAUCAUCCUUAUCAUGGGCCACCUGCACCUAUACAGAACCACACCCAAAACUCCCAAAAUCCAGGGCCCACCGGUGGGUCCAUUGAGCCGGUUGUCCAACACUCACAGUCUGGACCAUCUCACAACAGGGUUCCUGUGAUAACACAAGGUUGGGGAGAGAUACCCAGCUCCCACACAAAAUCAGAGAGCUCUUGGGGGGAACCUGCACCCGCUCCGGUCAGCGUGGACAACGGGACAUCUGCCUGGGGUAAACCUACCGGGAGCUGUGGAGGCUGGGGAGACGGUAACCCAGACAACUAUGGCAGGGGCAACCCGGCGAUGACAUCUGCAUCUUGCAAACCUGCCCCCAAACCUAUGCAAGAUGGAUGGGGAGGUGGAGGUGGAGGUGGAGGUGGAGGUGAAGAGCUGAACUUGUCGGGGGGCCAGUGGGAUGCUGAGGAGGGAGACAUGUGGAACAACACUGCCUCCCAGGAGAGCAACUCCUCCUGUAACUCUUGGGGCAAUGCAUCUAAAAAGGUCCCACAGAAGGGAAAAGUCCCAGGGAAGCAAGAAGAUGCCUGGAUCAUGAAUCGUCUCAUCAAACAGCUGACAGACAUGGGCUUCCCUAGGGAUCCAGCCGAGGAGGCUCUGAAGAGCAACAACAUGAACCUGGAUCAGGCCAUGAGUGCCCUGCUGGAGAAGAAGACGGAGCUGGACAAGCGUGGGAUGGGGAUAACUGGCCACGACUACAACAACGGGCUCAUGAACAAGCCCAUGAGCUGCCCUCGGCCUCCGCUUCUUUCCAAAGACCCCUCGGCAGACCCCCGCUUGCCCUUCAUGGACAAGAUGCAGAGUGGAAUGUUUGGCGGUGGUGGAGCAGCACAAGCCCGGGCCAUGCAGCAGCCGCAGCCGCCUCCUCAGCCGCCAGUGCCGCCUCUCAGUUCCUCUCAGCCUAGUCUACGUGCUCAAGUGCCUCAGUUUCUCUCCCCUCAGGUUCAAGCACAGCUCUUACAGUUUGCAGCAAAAAACAUUGGUCUGAAUCCUGCACUUUUAACCUCACCAAUAAACCCUCAACAUAUGACCCUUCUGAAUCAACUUUACCAGCUGCAACUGGCAUACCAGCGUUUACAAAUUCAGCAGCAGAUGUUGCAGGCUCAGCGCAACGUUUCUGGCCCCAUUCGACAACAAGAGCAGCAAGUUGCACGUACAAUCAAUAACAUGCAGCAGCAGAUCCAACAGCACCAGCGUCAGCUGGCCCAGGCUCUGCUGAUGAAGCAGCAGCAACAGCAGCCACCCCCCUCGCACUCGGGCCUGCAUUCUGGCGGGGCCAAAUCCACCCUGGAUUCAUUUCCAGGUCACCCCCAGGCGCCAGGCCUCCCUGACCUGCAGACCAAAGAGCCGCAGUCAUCUCCCAACACUUACAGCCACUACUCUCUCUCUGGACUAAAUCCAAACAUGAAUGUAAACUGCAUGGAGGUGGGAAGUAUGUCUAUGAAGGAACACCCCCAGCCUCAAUCGCGCCUGUCGCAGUGGACACAUCCCCACUCCAUUGAAAGCCUCUCUGGAAACUCCUCUCCUCUAGAGCCCAACCUGGGCAAGCAUGGUGCCAACCUGGGCCCCCCUGGAAAGCCUCAUCAGCUGGAGGACUCUUACAGCCCCUACAACCUGAUGUCCAGCUCAGAUUCUCCUACCAGCCCACUGGUCCCCCCAGACAGCUGGGGGCAGGGAAAGAGCAGCAGUGACAAGAUGGCCAAUGGGACCAAUAUCAACUGGCCACCAGAGUUCUGUCCCGGUGUGCCCUGGAAGGGUCUCCAGAAUAUUGAUCCUGAGACCGACCCCAACAUGACCCCUGGCAGUGUCCCCAGCGGGCCCACCAUCAACACAAACAUCCAAGAUGUCAACCGCUACCUUCUGCGGGAUAGGAGUGGAGGCUCCUCUCCCACUUCAUCUCAGAACGAGGCUCUGCCUCCCUCCACUGAUUGGCCAGUCAGUGCCUACACUAGCUCGUUCAGUCUGUCGUCCCCGGAGACGGACGAUGCAGGUAAACUGUCAGAGAUGAAAUCCACUUGGUCUCCAGGCCCCAUUUCCCACAGCCAGGCCUCUCUGUCCCACGAGCUGUGGAAGGUCCCCCAAGGCCCACGGAGCAGCAACACAGCCCCUUCCCGCCCCCCGCCUGGCCUCACCAACACCAAGCCUUCCUCGACCUGGGGGGGCAACUCCCUGGGUUUGGCCCAAGGCUGGAGCAGCUCUUACACCACAGCAGGUACCACGUGGAGUACAGACAGCUCCACCAGGACCAGUAGCUGGCUGGUUCUGAGGAACCUCACUCCACAGAUUGAUGGUUCGACUCUGCGUACACUGUGCAUGCAGCACGGCCCCCUCAUCACAUUCCACCUCAACCUGACACAAGGCAACGCUGUGGUCCGCUACAGCUCCAAGGACGAAGCUGCCAAGGCUCAGAAGUCCCUGCACAUGUGUGUGCUCGGGAACACCACCAUCCUGGCAGAGUUCGCUGGGGAAGAGGAAGUGAACCGCUUCUUUGCACAGGGCCAGUUGCUUGGCGGAACAACCAGCUGGCAGGCCACUCCAGGCACCAAUCAGACAAGGAUGGGUGGGAGCGGGUCCGGAGCUUCCCAUCCCAUCGGUCACUCACCCCACUGGAACAACAACAAUGGCAGCAGCAGUAGCGGCGGCCUGGGAACAGGCGGAGCAAAGACAGGUGGAGAGUUGCUGUGGGGUGGCGUGCAGCAGUAUUCCAGCCUGUGGGGACCCCCGAGUGGAGAGGAGGGACGGGUCAUGGGGAGUCCCACCCCAAUCAAUACGCUGCUGCCUGGGGACCUGCUGAGUGGGGAGUCCAUGUAGGACGGAGGAGCCCAGGCUUGACAAACACCGACAGGAGCAAAAACCUUGCAAAUCAUUGUGGAGAUAAUCAGUGUGGGUGUAACGGUGAAAAGGAGAGACGAGAGGAGGACGAGGCUACAUCCUCGCUGCUCACCCUCGCCACCCUCCUCUACUCCUUUUUGGUUUUUAAUGACAUUUCAGUUGCGGUUCUUUUGUGAAUCUCAGUGAGAGAUUUUGGUUACAGUGUUCAGCUCUUACUUUUGGAGACACAGGAAGAAGUCUUUCAUUCAACAAAGAAAGUGAACUUUUUACAGAAGUUAACCUUUUGAGAACUCGCCGUGUGAAACAUGUACUUUAGUCAAACUGACACAAUGACGAGCUGCCAUCUUUGAACUUGCGUAAUCCCUCUGCCUUUUGAGGCAAUCAUACUGCACCUCAGAGAUCCAUCAAAAGGCAUCAUUCCCAAAGUAAAAAAACCCCUUCAAUCAGAGUGGUUGUCGAACUUUCAGCUGGUCCAGACUCAACAUUUGUUUCUCUCAGCACUAAUAUUAGCCUUAACCUCUUUCCUGCCCUGCUAUCCUCACUCACUGUACUUGGUGAAGAAGCAUACGGACACUUGCACACCCUUAUUUCUGAGCCAGUGAAACCUGAGUGGAGAGUACAUGCUGCUCCGGCUUAACAUAAGCAACCACAGCUCACAACUUCAGUGCAUUUUUGCAAGCAGAUUGAGUUCCCCACACAACGCUCAAAGGGAAUGAUGCAACUCUGUUCGCCGUGUUCAAGCCAUUUAUUUUUGUAGUGGUUUUUGUUUUUUAUUUUUCUUCUUAAACCAUUGCAAACAAAGCUAAGAACUGAUAUUAUUCAAUGUGUCUGUCAAUCUUACCUGGUUGGGGUGAGAGUUUCGGGGGUCGUUGCAUGUACAGUUAUAGACGUGAUGGAUGACAAAAAUGAACCACUGCUAUUACUAUGGAACUGUAAAGACAAAUACGUCAAUGCACCUCAACUCGCCUGCGAGGAUCUCGCAGUUUGGUCUCAGUCUCGGACCCUCUCACUGAUGUUGUGGAAAACCUCAAGUUGUAAAUGUUUCCCACUGGUGUGUAGUCAAUGACCCCCACCCCCCCACCCCCGCUCCACCUGCAAAAACACCAUUUCAAGUGACGUGCAAUAUAAGCCACAGACUCUACCGUCCAAGCAUCCUACCAUGACCUCUCACCGAAGGAGAGGAGACUAUAAGGAACGAUUGAACUGCAAAAGCUCCAUCUGCCCUGCACCCCCUCCCCCCCUCCCACCCUAAAACUGCCACUACUACCCUUCAUCUGCCCCCCCCCAAGAGUGUGUGAGCUCAGGAGAGUAGCAAGCUGGCCUUCGACCACCUUCUGUCCAAGAUACAAGGACGUACAUACAAAGCACUUCUUCAGCCGGCUUACUCUCCACACUUAUGCCAGUGACUAGUUUUGGGGGCGAAGGAGGGACAGGUGUGUGUGUGUGUGUGUGUGUGUGUGUGUGUGUGUGUGUGUGUGUGUGAUUGUGUGUGUGUGUGUGUGUGUGUGUGUGUGUGUGUGUGUGUGUGUGUGUGUGUGUGUGUGUGUGUGUGUGUGUG